CAUAUACCUAUAAUAAUAGUCAUGUUUAAAGAGUUCAAGAAUAAAUUUAAAAGUAAUAGCGAAGAAGUAGAUCAGUUACCGAGUAGCGCAUCAACACCUGUAUUAAGCACGCCGACGAACUUUAUCCGUAAAAGAACCAACAGUGUGUUAUCUAAACUUGCCAGCCGAAGUUCAGUGCAGAGCAUGGACAUAGGCACUAAUAGUUCAUCCAGCUCCAAUAGCAUGCCUAGUACGCCACGCCAUGGACGAUCGAAUGCAAGUUUACCCUAUCACGAUCAUUUAAAACCAGGUAACAAUGCCGAACUUUUAUCCUAUGACAAGACAAUGGCCAUGUAUCUUGACAAUGCUAAAAGAACAAAUGAUCCUCGCAUCCAGUGUGAUCUAGCAGUCUAUCUGUUCGAGUCUUCUAAACCUCUUUCUCCCAAACAAAAGAAACCUUACGUCAGUGAAGCCACUAAAAUUUUAAAGACUUUGGCGCUCCGAGGACAUGCCGAAUCUCAAUAUUAUCUUGCAAACAUGUUUGCUUCAAAACCUGAUUUUGGAAAUGCCUUUCCAUUGUUUGUACAGGCUGCAAAACAUCAGCAUGCAGACGCUGCUUACCGUGCUGCCAAAUGUUAUGAAGAUGGUUUAGGUUGCUUAAAAAACAAGUCAAAGGCAGUACAAUACUACAAACUUGCGGCCACAUUAAAUCAUCCAGGCGCAAUGUAUCGACUAGGAUUAGCAGAUAUUAAUGGAGACCUUGGUUUACAACGUAAUAUCCGCGAUGGAAAUAAAUGGUUAAAGAGAUCAGCAGUAGCCGCCACACCCGAAUACCCACACGCACUUCAUGAAUUAGGUCUACUUCAUGAAAAAGGAUUAUCAGACAUUAUCUUUAAAGAUGUUUCAUAUUCAAUUCAAUUAUACAGACAAGCAGCAGAUUUAGGCUAUGCACCAUCUGCUUAUCGAUUAGGCGAAUCAUUUGAAUAUGGCUAUCUAGGUUGUAAGAUUGAUGCUACGAAUUCGAUAUAUUAUUAUACCAUUGCAGCCAGACAAGGAGAUGGAGAAGCAUGCUUUGCUUUAUCUGCUUGGUAUCUAGUAGGCGACGAUAAAAAGAUUAAACCAAAUGAAGAAAAAGCUCUUUAUUAUGCUACAGUGGCUGCUGAAAAGGGAUCUUUACAGGCAGCAUUUGCACUUGGUUAUUUCGCUGAAGUAGGUAUUGCUCAAGCUCAAAAUCUUGUUCUGGCCAAAGAAUGGUACCAAAAAGCCGCCAAUGGAGGCAACGAACAAGCUAAAAAAAAGUUAAUUUCCAUUUAAUUUAUAUAUAUAAAUAAAUAAAAAAAUAAAAAUUGUACAUAUUCAA